UAAACACAUCAUCUAAUCAAUCCGGUUAACCUGUUUUCAAAUAAAGGUGGACCAUGAGAGUGACUAAACAACUCCGUACCAAUUACUACGUAUAAACCUAUUUAAAGAUUUCCAAACCAAACAACACAAACUUCCUCCUUCUGAUCACACAAUUUUAUUCUCAUUUUUCUCUCUUUUCUCUGCAUUUCGCCGGCUAUGGAGGAUCCUACGAUUCCAAUUCAACCUCCUCGAAAAUCCAAGAAGAGAAUGUUUGCUGGGAGUAGUAGUAGCAGUAGUUUGUCGUUUAAAGACCCUGAUGUGAUUGAAAUUCCGCGUCCUUCUACUUGGAAAUCGAAGCCUAGAAAGCAAAAUUUGAUUGUUGGCCAUGAGAUCAUUGUUGUUGAUGAUGAAGAUCCUGCUGAUGCUGUAAUCAUUGGUGAGAAAGCUGCCUCUAAUGGUAAAGGAAAGAAACCUAUGCUUACUGGACAUGAAGUGAUCACCCUCGAGGAUGAGUUUGAUGGAUUUGAUUUUGGAGAUGUAUCCUAUGAUGAUCAGUAUGCUAUGCUGCAAUCUCAUGUUGAUAGUGUAGACAUUCCAUCUAGAACAGAGGCAUUUGCCCAUUUGAAGCCAGCUUCAGCCGCAAUUGAGAAACAUGCAAAACCUGCGAGCAAUUCUUCUUUAUAUGGCUCACACCCUUACUCUAAAUUUAAAUAUAGUGGUUCCAAGGUGGAUCACUUCAGUUCAACAAGCUCCAAUAAAUAUCACCAAAUUAAUGACUAUUUGUCUGUGUAUCCUCGUCAUAAAUCAAAGCAUUCUUUCUCCACUCUUCCAACUUCUCAGAAGCAUGCCCAAACUAGUGGCAAUGUUCUACCAGUGCCUCCAUAUUUGUUACCUGUGAAUUCAGCUACUUUGAAUUUUCCGCAUAUGCCCUACUCUUAUGGAAGUGCAUAUGCCCAACCGUCACAACAUUCCAUCCAUGGAAUUCAAGAUCCUAUUUUAACUAGUAGUAGCUUUACUAGUGCAUUUACUAACAACAAUUCAGGGCUCGAGGGAAUAUGCGCAGACAUAUCACCACCCUCUUCUGAUGGGCAAGGCAAUUCUAGUGAAAAUUCUAUUUUGAAGAAGCUGGAACAGUUUAAGAAAUUUGACACGCUAGAGGAUCACGUAGGUCAUUUUUAUGAAAAUAAAAAUGUUUCUUUGAAACCGUCCAAAAGCUGGGUAAAUAAAAUUGCGGAUGAGUGGAGGAUGCUGGAAAAGGAUUUGCCAGAUACAAUAUUUGUUAGGGUUUAUGAGGCUAGGAUGGAUCUAUUAAGGGCUGUCAUUGUGGGAGCAGAUGGUACACCCUAUCAUGAUGGUCUCUUCUUCUUUGAUGUUAAUUUCUCUGCCACCUAUCCAAACAAGCCACCACAUGUAAAUUAUCAUGCACAUGGUCUUCGAAUGAACCCUAAUCUAUAUAAUUGUGGCAAAGUAUGCUUAAGUCUUCUGGGAACUUGGAGUGGUUCAAGAGAUGAGAAUUGGCGACCUAACAAAUCAAAUAUGCUACAAGUCCUUGUCUCAAUACAAGGGCUUAUCUUAAAUGAAGAACCGUAUUAUAAUGAGCCUGGUUAUGCACAUUCCAAAAGUACCUCUUAUGGCAUCAAAAGUUCCAAGAAUUACAGUGAAAAUGUAUUCCUUCUAUCGCUGAAGACGAUGCUUUACACAUUAAGGAACCCACCAAAGUAUUUUGAGGACUUAGUUUAUGGGCAUUUCUACCAGCGUGCUCAUGAUAUACUGGCAGCUUGUAGAGCGUACCUGGAUGGUGUUGAAGUUGGGAGUUUUGUCAAAGGUAAAACCCAAACUACCCAGGGGAAGAAAAAGACUUGCUCUCAAUCGAUCAAGAUGAGUUUGCCAGGCUACAUCAAAUCACUCGUGGAGGCUUUUACCAAGAUUGGUGUCAAGGGAUGCGAGAAAUAUUUAGUACCUAUGGACAAAUGCACUAAGAGAUAACCGACCAGAUGUAGCCAGUUGACUCCCCUCUGGAUGUGCAAAAGUUGACACUCGGAACAUUUCUAUGGGAGCAGAGCUGCAAUUCUGGCAACCCUUAUAUUUGGAAAUUGGAAGGCGGGAUCAGGGAAGCUCGGUAUAUAUUCUCACUAAUGCUGAUUGGUUUUACCUUUUUGUCACUGUAUAUAGGCGUAGUUGAUGUUGGGAAUAGCUUUAGAUCAGAAUAUGGCUUUUAGAGUACAGCUUAUUAAUUAACAUGCUUCUUUUGGCCAGAACUUAGUUAUCAACUAUUUUAGUCAGUUAGCUGCUCUCUAACACUGAAAAGAUUAAGCAGAGGAAUUAGAGAAUCAGAGAUGUUAUUUUGUGUAGAAUUUCCUUUUCUAUGCUAUUGGUUUGGUGUUCA